GGAAAACAGAUCCUCAGAGGUGCAUCUAUAGCACAGGUGAGACAGUCUCACCUCAGUCCUUUAAAUCAGGUUUCUGGGAUUAUUCAUUCACUCACUCACAGAUCUGCUCUACUUCCUGUCACCACUCCUGCUUCUGAUCGGUUUCUGUCCUGACUUUCUUACAAAAGGUGAGUCUUCUUAUUCACUGCUAUAGAUCUGCUAAUUUGUUCAAUCAAAGUUACUUUUGCAACAUGAAAUCAAACAAUGAAACAUUAAUGUGAUAUCACAUUUGAUCUGAGGUGGACCAUUCUGCAGUAAAAGUACAUUUACUUCCAGUACUUUAUUUUGAUGUUAUCACUUUUGAACUUUAACCUCUUUGAAUUUUUAAUUUGUACUUGAAUCUACAUGUUUUAAACUAUGGUACUUUAAUACUUUUCUCUGCCCUGAGGUCGAGCUGCGAUGAGGCUGUGUGCAGUUCUGGUUUUGCUGUUCUUCUCUCAGGCUCUCGGUGAAUCUCAUCAAGACGCUUCCAUAAACAUCAGAGGUAAGACAUCCUUCAACUAAAAAUGUACCGAGUCCCUAAGAGUCCAAAAUUGAAUGCAUCCUCCUCAUAUUAGUUUAGUUACUUUUAUUUAAAAGACCUAUUUACAUGACAAGAUAUAUUACUUUAUGCUACUUUUAGAGUUCAGUUUACUUUGAAACUGUAUGCUGUUUGUUUCCUUAUUACAACAUUUGGAAAAAUUGGUAAUCAAUACUAUUAAAAAAGUGUAAAAACUUAAUGUAUGCUUUUCAUCAGCAUAUUAGCAAUUAGAAGGAUUUCAGAGCAAAUUGAAAAAAAAGAUCCUGUCAACAGUGUAAGGUUUUUAUUUGUGCUUAAUCUGUUGAUUUGCGUGAAAUAUCCACUUAAAGAUACUUCAUCAGGUUGAGAUCUGGGUUUUGUCUGUUUUCUUUCAUCGGUGUCGCUCAGAUCCGAACAUCGAUGCCUCCUGGUACACUGGCAGAGGGAUCAGACCAGUGGGAAGAUUUGGACGAAAAGCUGCCAGAAAAAAUCAGCAUCUGGUUUUUAUCUCCUCCAGAGUUUCCAGACCAACAGCUGACAGUGACACAAAGCCCUGGAUCUCAGAGUGAAAUGAUCCGGACAAUCGAACAUCUCUGCUCUGAUUCGUCUUUAUUCACAUCCGAGAAGUUUUCACCUGAGUUUGGAAGUAUGGCCACACCUUUUCUCUGUAAAUAUCUUCAACAUAAUAUUGUUAUCUUUAAAGACACUAAUGAAUCUCAAUGCCAAAACAUGUUACAGAUAAGUAAAGAUACUGUAUAAGUUUGUUGUUAGCCCUCAAUAUGGCAAACAAACAGAAAAAAUCUUAACAUUUCCUGAUACAAUAAAGAUAAAAUGAAGGUUAAACCUU